AUGUUGUCCAAACAAUCUGUUAGAUCAGCUACAAGAAAUACAUCUGUUUUGAAAAGAGCUUUACGUACCACCACCCCUUUGUUAAAUUCAUCUUCGAUUAGUCAGAAUCAAAACGCUAACGUAUCCCAAAGAUGCUACUCUUCUUCGAUUUUAAGUAAUAACAAGCUCUCAAAAGAUUUAUGGUUACAAAAAUCUCGUCUAUGGAGAGUCACUGAAAAACGUUGGGAAUCCACCAUGGUAAAGGUACCACCAAUGGCAGAAUCAUUGACUGAAGGUGCUCUAAAAGAGUAUACCAAAGCUGUCGGUGAUUUCGUCACUCAAGAUGAAUUACUAGCUACCAUCGAGACUGAUAAAAUUGACAUCGAAGUUAACUCUCCAGUCACAGGUAAAGUCACUAAAUUAUGCUUUCAACCAGAAGAUACAGUCACUGUUGGAGACGAAUUAGCAGAAAUUGAACCUGGUGAAGCUCCUGCUGGCGGUGCUGCUAGCACCGAUUCAGCUUCAACUCCAGCUCCAACCCCAUCCCCAGAUGCUGGUAAAGAAAUCCCAGUCGUUAAAACCGAGGCUCCAAAACCAGAAAUUAAAAAGGAAUCUCCACAGCCUGCAGCUCCAAAGGUUGCACAACCAGCUGCUUCUUCCCCAACCCCUGCCGCUGAAUCCUUAACCAGCUUUUCUCGUAGUGAACACAAGGUUAAGAUGAACCGUAUGAGAUUGAGAAUCGCUGAAAGAUUAAAGGAAUCCCAAAAUACAGCUGCUUCUUUGACUACAUUCAAUGAAGUCGAUAUGUCUGCAGUUAUGGAAAUGAGAAAGUUAUACAAAGAUGAAAUUAUUAAGACCAAAAACAUUAAAUUUGGUUUCAUGGGUUUGUUUUCAAAAGCAUGUACUUUAGCCAUGAAGGACAUCCCAACUGUAAACGCUGCUAUUGAAAAUGAUCAAAUUGUCUACCGUGACUAUACUGAUAUCUCAAUUGCUGUUGCUACACCAAAGGGUCUAGUUACCCCAGUUGUUCGUAACGCAGAAUCCCUAUCUGUCCUAGGUAUGGAACAAGAAAUUCUACGUCUAGGCCAAAAGGCCCGUGAUGGUAAAUUAACUUUAGAAGAUAUGAGUGGCGGUACUUUUACUAUUUCCAACGGUGGUGUCUUUGGUUCUCUAUAUGGUACUCCAAUUAUUAACAUGCCACAGACUGCUGUUUUGGGUCUACAUAGUGUUAAACAGAGACCAGUUACAUUGCCAGAUGGCACCAUUGCUUCAAGACCAAUGAUGUAUUUGGCUUUAACUUACGAUCAUAGAUUACUAGAUGGUAGAGAAGCUGUUACCUUUUUGAAGACUGUUAAAGAAUUGAUCGAAGAUCCAAGAAAGAUGCUUUUGAUGUGA